GAGCUUCAGUGUUUGGAUAAUCAAGAGAGUCUCAGCCUUUAGGUAGUUGACACUGUGAUAAGAGCAUCCUGUGAACUACCCAAAUAAGGAGGAAAACGAACGCAGCUGAGCAUGGGAUGCCAUAUAAAAAUCACUUAAACCAGUCGCCACUCCUUGUUUCCUGAGUUGUCCUGUGCUGGAGGUCUGCCCAGACGAAGGUCUCCAUGGCGUUAGAAGUCUUGAUGCUCCUCGCUGUCUUGAUUUGGACUGGUGCUGAGAACCUCCAUGUGAAAAUAAGUUGCUCUCUGGACUGGUUGAUGGUCUCAGUUAUCCCAAUUGCAGAAAGCAGAAAUCUGUAUAUAUUUGCGGAUGAAUUACAUCUGGGAAUGGGCUGCCCUGCAAAUCGGAUACAUACAUAUGUAUAUGAGUUUAUAUAUCUUGUUCGUGAUUGUGGCAUCAGGACAAGGGUAGUUUCUGAGGAAACUCUCCUUUUUCAAACCGAGCUGUACUUUACCCCAAGGAAUAUAGAUCAUGAACCUCAGGAAAUCCAUUUGGAGUGUUCCACCUCUAGGAAAUCAGUGUGGCUUACACCAGUUUCUACUGAGAAUGAAAUAAAAUUGGAUCCUAGUCCUUUUAUUGCUGACUUUCAGACAACAGCAGAAGAGUUAGGAUUAUUAUCUUCUAGUCCAAACUUGCUCUGAGCUAAAGGAGAAAUGGAAACUUGAAGCUGGUGUUAUGUAUUUUGCAGGAAAACAGUUUCAUUUUUUCAUAGCAAAAAUAUAGUUGGUGUAUAUCUCUCCUUAAGUCUCUGGUUUCUAAAAACCCUACUUCAGUAAAGGUCCUGAUUAGUUGAUUAGUGAAUGUGUAUUUCUAAAUAUUUGUAUUCAGUAGGGGUAUGGCUGAUUAAUUUAACAUUAACUAUUAGGUAAUUCAUAUUAUACAUUUAAGUUCUUUCUGUUCUGUGUAGAAGAUUCAGAAAUAUGUCUUCAAAGACAAUGACUUGAUCUAAUUGAUAAGAACCUCCAAUAAAUAUGUUCUAAUAUUUUUCAGGAAGAAUAAAUAAUAGAGAGAGACAUAUAAAUGUGCAAGAGGCAAAACUUUGAGCAUAGUGUAAAAUUUAACAUAUUAACUCUCACGAAAGGCAAAAUCCUUUUAUGUGCAGAUACUUUAAUUCAUGUAGACUUUCCUAUUAAUCAGUAAAGUUGAAUCCUAACAAUAAUGCCAUGUGACAACCUAUUUAGAUUAUUCUAGAAUUAAAUUCAAUUUAUUUUCUAGAGCUCAAGUAACCACUACCGUAACUGAAAUUUGAUGUUAGGUUUCCCUUGUUCCUCCGAAUGGUUCUUCCACACUCAAAAUAAGUGAAUGGUUGAGUUGGUUAAGCAAAGAGUUAUCCUGCCACCUAAGAGCAUUCAUUAAAUGAUUAUUUAUUACCACCUACUUUAUACUAUCUUCCUUUCUUUAAACACGGAGUCUAAAUAUGUAAUAUAUCAAAAAAUACUUCUGAUUUGGUAGAUUUCUUAUAUCAAGGGUGAGAAUUGAACUGUGCCAUUGGCUAUUCAAUAGCUUAUUGAAUGUAUGUUUUGGAUGCCACAUCCUCCUGGAAGCAAAUUUUGCCAAGAUACUGUUUAUUAUUAUUUUUAAUUAAAGUGAUACUCUUCCAUUUUCAAUUAAAUGCUGUCUGUAGCUGUUAACUUGUCAGAUAAAGAAUUUGACCCUGUCAUAGUGAACAUCUGUCUUUACCAGUUAACAUGCAGCUAAGAGGUAAUACUUCUAUGGGACUUCCUAAGGGUCAGAAUAUGGUACAAGUACAUUGCGAUAAAUUAUUUAAUCUUCUUAAAGAGUGAAAUAUAUCAUGAUUAUCCCAAUUUUACAGAUAAGCAAACAGAGGUUAAAUCAUUUGCCUGAGUCACAUAACUUGUUGGUGUUGGUUCAAGAUUUAAAAUAGGGCAAUCUGCCUUUAGAUCUGUCUCUAUACUCUCUCUUUGUACAUUAGCCACUAUACUCUACUGCUUGGAAUCAUCUUAAGUUGCUGAACUUUAGUUCUCUAGAAAACAAUUGCUAUUCAAGCAGUUAUACAACUCUCAAUAAAACUUAAAGUUGA